AUGCUGCUGACCACGCCGUCGAGCGAAUUCGAGACAUCGAACGCAAGCGACAGCGGCGGACUGCGAACAUACCGAACUGCGAAGUGCGUCAAGUACUCAAAGGAUGGCAAAUAUGAAAACUUCAGUUCACCAGCCAUUAUCACUUACGCAGGCCAAGGAUCAAUAAAAGCCACGCUUAAUCUUGAUUCUUCGGAGUGCUACGUAGCCAAGGACAAGUUCGGCUUCAUUCCAGAGGACCCAAAUCUGACGCCGAUAUCGUUCUCUCUCAUCUACACGGACUGCGUGACAUGCAGCGUUAUGAGACAUCGGUAUGCUGGGGAUGGUUACGGAUGCACUUAUUGGAGACGUGCCGAUUCGAUGCAAAAGCCCGACGACUGCUGCAAAUUCAUCUACGACGAGAAUUGCGGCACGUCACCGAAAUACGUGAUCUACGAUUCAUCCUGCGGAAAAUAGUGCGCGCCUAGUAACUUGUUG